CCGCGGGUGUGCUCAGCCCGAACCCCAGAUCGGAGCCACGCCACCGGCGGCUGGCCGGCACCCCCCCCCCCCCCUUCCCCUCCGCAAGGUUCUUCUACAUCCAUCUGGGAUCUGCCUUCUUCGCGCCACUGCGGAGUGUGGCCGGCCAGGGAGCAGCCUGUCCUGGCGCCGGAGACGGGAGGGGAAUCGCCGGCGACCGGAAAGGAGAAUGGAGGCGCUCAUCGGAGACGGUCCUGAACCCCAGUGUUCCCACGUUGUCGGCGCCGAGGAGAGGGAGCGGGGGUAGUCGCCGGCCGGCGGCCGUUGGCCACUCCGGUCACCAUUCUUCAGUAUGCUCCUCAAGAUGGCGAUGGUGGAUGUCAGGGGCGACGAUGUUAACUCAUGGCUGCAAGCAAGAGCAGCUCAGGCUGGGAUCAAGCACGGCAGCCCAGGCAGCAGCGGUCGUCGCUUUCAUGCCCGCCAGAGCUUGUGCGGUGUGCAGAAGGUGAUGGCGCCGCUGACGCUGAUGAAACGCACAGUGAGGUCGUUGCCAAGUUCGCUGGGCAGGAGUACUCUGUUUGCUUCGAGCUGCUUGCAGACACUCGGUAUGAUCGUCUUCCUGCUUCUCUUCCCAGUUGAAUAAUGUGAACCUAUGUAGUUGAUUGUUGGUAUUUGAUUGGCUUACAAUAUCAUUUGACUUAAAAUUAUAUUUACACAUAAAAGAGGAGUACUUAUUUAAUAUGUACAACACGUGCAAAUUAAUACAUAAUUACUUUGUUUGCUAAGUAGUCGUGCUUACUUUUGAUCACAUAGAAAACGAAACCAUUAAUAGCAUCAUAUGAGAUGCACUCCAAUGCUAAUAUGUGCAUGACCAACAUGUCGCAAUGGGUAGUGUGUGUGCCACGUCUGGGAAUAAUGCAUGCUUUAUUAGUUCUCUUGCAUGAAGUAAUCUAUUUAUGAUAGUAAAUGUUUCAUUAACAAUGCCAAUUUAUAAAGCCAUAAAACUAACUUAACUUGUGGUCUUUAAGGGUCAUAUGUUCUUGUCUAGAUAUAAUGUGACAUGCUGCGCCAGUGUCUCCUCCUCUGGGAGAUACAGGUAAAGAGGAAGCAUCAUCCAAUCCCCCCGCCCCCUAGCUAGCUUCUGAACACCCCCUCCCCCCCUCUCUCAUGGGUUUCAGUUGCUUCCAGCUCCAUUCAGGGAGCUGUGAUGACGUGCCACUUGAUUUCCAUGUGCAGCAAAAUGGCCACUAUGAGCUCCAUUCUGUUGAUCGUUCAUUUGAACCUGCUGGUGGAUCGAUCGUUCCAUUUGCAACCUUCUAUCAUGAGUCAUAUCCACAAGGCACAACCAAGAAAGAUGUCGUUGACGGUGCUUCAUCAAUCAUUCAUAAUCCUGGACCUCACUUGCCUCUCUUGUCGCCAAAACCUGAGAUUUCACAUCUCAUAGGAGGUGGAAUGGGAUCAUACAAGACGUAUGAGAUGAGCGGCAGGUUUAUUCCAAGAAGGAAAGCCUCGAGUAAGGCUGUCAAGAAGACUAAUGUUGUCAAAGGGCAAUGGACACCGGAAGAAGACAGGAAGUUAGUAAAGUUAGUGGAACAGUUUGGAUUGGGGAAGUGGUCUCAGAUGGCACAGAUGCUGCCUGUGAGAGUAGGAAAACAAUGCAGAGAAAGAUGGCACAACCAUUUGAGACCUAACAUCAAGAAAGAUACUUGGAGUGAGGAGGAAGAUAUGGUUCUGAUACAAACGCACAAGGAGGUUGGCAACAAAUGGGCAGAGAUAGCUAAGCGGCUCCCUGGGAGAACAGAAAACUCCAUAAAAAAUCAUUGGAAUGCAACAAAGAGAAGGCAAUUUGCACGGAGGCAGACCGGCACUAAAGCCAAGAAUCCCAAAUCAGGGACCCUUCUACAGAACUACAUCAAAAGUCUUGGGAUUGGCUCUAGCAAGGUCAUUGCUCCUCUAGAUCCGAAAGAACCUCCAUUGUCAGCAUUUUCACCAGCACCCCCGACACAAAAUCGGGCACAUAUGAAUGAUAAUUGGCCAGAAUCCAACCCAUCCAACAUAAUGGUCACCCAAGGAAUAUUCAGCACAGAUGACAGACAGAUUCACUCAUGUGAAGAAAUUCUAGUUCCCACAUCUGAUGACUUUUCUGUGGACAUGUUUGAUGGUUUAUUUAACGCAGAGGAGGUGCAAUACCAGGCUUACAACAUAGAUGAUGAUGUUGACAUGGACUAUAUCAUCAACCAUAUUGAUUAUUCUAUUAAGAAUGACCAUGAGAUAGAUAUGGAUAUGACAUGGGAUGACGAUGCGCUCGUAAACAUUGAAUCUGGAUGAUCACCAUUGGUGAUGCUGGCAGGCCCGCCAGAAAUCAAAACUGUGCAUGUGAAGGAGGAGAUGGAUCUAGUUGAGUUGGUCACACAUCCACAAACUUGCAGCUAGUGGACAAGAAAAGAACCAGUGAUAUUAUUACAUAUGUGUGCUAUUUAUACGGAAUAUGACGAACUUUUGGAUGUACUAUGGGACAUCCCGUUUAUAGAUGAUAUGACGACCUUCUGAAUGCUUUCUACAGGCAAUAGAAUGACCUUUGGAUGUAAUUAUGAGAAUCCAUAUUGAGAACAGACGGUGGUAAAUAAGACCAUGUUGUAUGUAGUACAUGGACUGAAAAUAAAAUGU